AAUAAGAAAUAAAUAAUCUUUUUAAAAAAUAAUCAGCGUCUAUUCUAUUUUUAUUAGUAUCUAUUGAAUUAAUAGAAGUCUUUAACUCAUUAUUCUUUAAUGAACAAAAUUGUUGCAAUAGGUCUGAUGUUAUUUUCUUCAAUCACUUUGUUCUUUGGUAUGACUCCUAUGAUAGAACAACCAAAAAACAUAAAGAAGAUUAUAAUAUAUCCUGAAAGUCUCAAUAAUACACGUAUAAAAAUUAUUAAAAAAGAGUUGAAUGCUACGUUUACAAAGAACACAACAGAUUCUAUCAAAAGUACAAUAAACACAACAAUCACACAACAAAAAAAUACAUCUUUUCAAAAAAUCCAGAAUAGUAGUCAUUAUGAAAAUAAACCUUUUACUACCACUAAUAUUUAUACUUUAAUAAAAUUAAUUAUAAAAGAAAGAAAUAUAAGACUAGUUGGUUUGUCAGUCAUUUUAUCAACUAUCUUUACUUAUCUAACUUUAUGGCUUUUUUCUUGA